AUGGCUGUAGAAAUUUAUAUUAUUGGGGGUAUAGGUUUUGCUGCUGCUUGUUGGGGAUUGAACAAAUAUUUUGAAGAGAGAAAACAACGAAUGGCACUUAAUCCGUCAGCUCGAAAACCUGUUUCAGGAUUGGAUGACGUGGUCAUAAUCGAACGGCCUGUUCCACAUCAGUUUUGGUCGCAAUACUUAAAUACAGAACAAAAGAUUCAACGUAUAAGAGCACAAUUGAGACUAGAUACUGAAAAUACAGUUAAUAUCGCUGUCUGUGGAAAUAGUGGCACCGGAAAAUCAACAUUUAUUAAUUGUAUUCGUGGUGUUUCAGAUGUUAAGAUGACGAAUGAUUUCGUACAUAACGAAGAUGGAUCAGCACCAGUUGGGAUCACGGAAACAACAAGAAAAAGUAUGGCAUAUCGAUGGUGGAUUCAGAAUCGUGAACGAUAUGUCACUUUAUGGGAUUUACCAGCAGCUGGUACAAUAUCAAACCCUGAUGUAAACUAUUUCGAAGAAAUAGGACUAUAUGCAUUCGAUUGCAUACUGCUUCUUCGAGCUGGUCGUUUUACUCAAUUUGACCUCACAAUCUGUCAACAAGCCCUAAAAUAUAAAAUACCAAUCGUACUGGUGAUAAACAAAGGUGAUCAAGAUGUUUCAAGUAACAAAAAAAUUAAUAUACGUCAGCUUGGUCGUCAGUUGACCAAAGAUGAGUAUGAAGAAGUCAUUUCUCAAACAAAAGCAACUUUGAAAGAAAAUGCACUAGCAGAGCUGAAGUCGAUUCGUAAUGGUGAUGGGAGUAAGUUACAUGAGUUACCAAUGUUUGUCAUUGCUGCACAAAGUUAUCGAGAUCAAUUGAAUCAUAAGUGGGAUCCUCAAGAUAGUCCGGCGUUAGAAACGGAAAACUUACUUGAACAUUGCCUGAUUGUUAUUGUUGAUCAUCUGAUGAAAAGUGAUAAUUAUCAUCAAACAGCUACGAAUUAG